AUGGAGGACCGAGGCCUUGCCAUUUACCUUUUCGCCACAGGCGUAUUGCUGGCCACAUUCGUGGCAUAUCGAGCCUACUUCGACCGGUUACGAGACGUCCCAGGACCAUUGCUCUGUCGCCUGACAUCCCUCCUGGACUGGUACCACUCCUACGUAGGCGACGAAUCGAAAUGGAUAGACACGCUUCACGCCAAAUACGGUCCUGUCAUUCGAAUUGCUCCAAACGAAGUCGUCAUCUCAGAGGGCCAAGCGUUGGCUCCCAUCUACUCGGAAAAAGGAGGCUUCCUAAAAGCACCAUGUUAUAAGAACUUCGAUUCCGAGGGCCAUGAGACGAUUUUCAGCGCUCUCGAUCCCAAGCACCGGGCUGUGAGAAGCAAGGCGGUUAUGCCAAUGUUCAGCACGGCCAACCUUCGAGCACGGAGCGAUGCUAUUGAGGGAUGUGUGAAUGAUUUGGUGGAGAGACUGCAAAAGGAGGCGAAUCAGAGUCGUCGCGCGGCAAAGGAGACUGGCAAGCCUUCUCCUGUCAACGUGCUCCAGAUGUCUCGCCGCCUUGCUAUCGAUGCCGUCUGCUCAUACCUGUUUGGCCUACAAUACGGCGGCGUUCAUGAACAAAGCACCAAACUUAGCGCCAGCAACUACGUCGACUCCAUCGUCGCCUUCGGCCGCUUUUUCUUCCUUCCGACCUGGCUCUUUCAACCAAUCCUGCUAAUCUCCGAAUACCUCCAACCACCAGACGCCCAGAGCCAAGAACGCGUGGAAGGCUUCACGAAACCCCUCGUCUCAAUCUCAAAAGAGUCCGACAACACCUACCAAUCCCGCCUCCUCAAAGCCGGCAUCACCGAACACGAAACUGACGUCCAAAUGAAAGACGUAAUCUUCGCUGGCACCGACACAACCGGAACGAACUUCGGCUCCCUCCUCUUCCAGCUCGCAAAACACCCCGACGUCCACGCCACGCUGCGCGAGGAAAUCCUCGCCGCGGAACGAGAAGAUCCAGAUUACAAUCCUCAGAACCUGAAAUACCUCGACGCCGUCCUCCGCGAAGGCCUGCGCACAUCCAUGGCGAACCCAACUCGUUUCCCUCGCCAAGUGCCCCCUCAGGGCUUCCUCUACACCUCGCUCACCACGACCAAAACCUACAAUCUCCCCGCUGGAACUCUCGUAGGCCUCUCGCCAUACACCCUCCACCUGAACCCGGCCGUCUUCCCCGACCCCUACGAGUUCAAACCCUCACGCUGGCUCGACGAUCGUGCCACGCCCGAGAUGUAUCGUGAUUGGAUACCUUUUGGUCUGGGACCGAGACAGUGUAUCGCGAGGAAUCUGGCGAUGGUGGAGCUGUGUUUGGCGACGAGGGCGGUGGUGAGGAGUGGUGUUUUGGAGGGGGCGAGGCCGGUAGGCGAGAGGUUGGAGGUGUUCGAGUGGUUUAAUGCGAAGGUUAAGGGGGAGAGGAUCGAUCUUGUUUGGGAGUGA